GUCACAGCCGCAUUGUUGUUGGGGAAGACAGGCUCGGCCUGAGUGGCGGGGCACUGCAACGGUCUUGAUCGAUUGAGAUCCGUUCCGGCGGAAUUAAGCUCCCCCGAAACGUCCCGGUCACCCUGGAUACUUGGUGGCCACGUCCACGGUUCAUUCGGCCCAGCGUGAACCGCGAGCGGACUGGAUGCGGAUUUAACUGGCGCUCCGCUCCGCAGGCCGCGCCGCCAUUGCUGCUCCGCUCAGAAGCCACAUUCUUGAAAAUACUGAGGGUUCUCACGGCUUCAGCAUGAAGAAGAAAGCUCGACAUCAGCGCCCAGUGGCGCUGAAAAGGGAGUCAUCGCCCAUCAAACCUUCACCAAACCGGGAGACCCUGACGUACGCGCAGGCUCAGCGAAUGGUGGAGCUGGAGGUGGACGGCCGUGUCCACCGACUGAGCAUCUACGACAAGCUGGACAUCAUCACUGAUGACGACCCCACGGCUCAGGAGAUCAUGGAGUGCAACAGCAACAAAGAAAACACAGAGAAGCCCGAACAAGUUCUUGUGCGCUCUGUGCGCCUCAAAAAUAACCAGCAGAAGAAGAAGAAGAGCACAACGUUGACGGCACCGCCCAGUGGCAGCCACGCUAGCCCCAGCGGCCUGCUAGAACCCCAGGUUCGGACUGUGGAGUACAAUCUACCAGUGGUCCCAAAAAGGCCAGCGCCGUACUACAAGUUCACAGAGCGGACAGCAGAGGAGAUGGAUGAGGAAGUGGAGUAUGACAUGGACGAGGAGGACUAUGCCUGGCUGGAACUUCUCAACGAGAAGAGGAAGAGCGAGGGCAUCAGUCAGGUGUCUAACAAUCUGUUUGAAUUCCUCAUGGACCGUUUCGAGAAGGAGUCGUACCUGGCCAUGCAGGGUCAGAGCGACCUUCGGGCUCUGGUUGACGAGGACGCUGUCUGCUGUGUCUGCAUGGACGGAGACGGAGCAGACAGCAAUGUGAUACUUUUUUGCGACUCCUGCAACAUCGCAGUGCAUCAGGAGUGCUACGGCGUGCCGUACAUACCGGAAGGCCAGUGGCUGUGUCGCCACUGCCUUCAGUGUCCAUCGCGACCGGCCGACUGCGUCUUCUGCCCAAAUCGAGGCGGCGCCCUGAAGAAGACGGACGAUGACCGCUGGGGCCAUGUGGCCUGUGCCCUGUGGGUGCCUGAGGUGGGCUUCUCAGAUACGGUUUUCAUCGAGCCUAUUGAUGGUGUGCGGAACAUUCCGCCCGCCCGCUGGAAACUGACAUGUUACCUGUGUAAGGAGAAAGGAGCGGGGGCGUGCAUCCAAUGUGACAAGAUAAAUUGUUACGCCGCCUUCCACGUCAGCUGUGCCCAGAAGGCCGGCCUCUUCAUGAAGAUGGAGCCGGUCAAGGAUAUGACGGUGUCUGGCGGCGCCACCUUCUCCGUGAAAAAGACUGCAUACUGCUGCAGCCACACGCCCGAAGGCUGUGACCGCCGGCCGCUCAACAUCUACGAGGAGGCGCACAGGAAAAACGGCGCCUGUCACAAGAAGAAGGUCAGGCGAGGCAGGGCCCGGUCCAAGUCUUGGCAAAAAAAGAGGACUAAACGAGUUGAGCCAGUGGCUGAACCUGAGGCUCAGAGCAACUCUGGCCCGAGUAUCACUGUUUCAAGUUUCGACACCAUCCUGAACCAAGUAGCUGUUCAGAGGAAGCGUCCUUUCGUCGAGCAUGUGCUGAGCUACUGGGUCUUGAAGAGGCAGUCUAGAAACAACGUGCCGCUGAUCCGACGCCUGCAGGCCCACCCGCAGGUGCCCAAGUCCAAGCAAGCGGAUCGUAAAGAGACUCACAAAGCGCUGAAGGAGCAGCUGAAGCAGUGGCACCGCCUCCGACACGACCUGGAGCGAGCGCGUCUGCUGCUGGAGCUCAUCAGGAAAAGAGAGAAGCUCAAGAGGGAGGAGAUGAAGCAGCAGCAGUUGGUGCUGGAGGUCCAGUUGACGCCCUUCAACAUCCUGCUGAGAGCCGUGCUCAGUCAGCUGCAGGAGAAGGACCAGUACAACGUCUUUGCUCAACCCGUCAGCACAACAGAGGUCCCGGACUACUUGGAGCACAUAAAGAAGCCCAUGGACUUCUCCACCAUGAGGAAGCAAAUAGACGAGCAAUGCUAUUGCAGCAUGGAUGACUUUGAAGCAGACUUUGACCUAGUCAUCGCCAACUGCAUGAAGUACAACGCCAAGGGCACGUUCUUCUACAGAGUGGCUCAGAGGAUGCAGGAGCACGGAGGGGCCAUCAUCCGCAGGGCUCGCAAAGAGGCAGACAGAAUCGGCUUUGACUUCCCCAGCGGGUUGCUGCUGGUCGAAGCCCCAAAAGUAGAGGCCCCCCAACCCUUCAUUUGGGCAGACGUGGACCGUUUGCUGAAACCCACCUACCGCCAGAUGACACCUUUAAAGAAUCAGCUGAAGGAGCUGCUGGAGAAGCUGGACCUGACUAAGGCGAUGAAGCACAGUCCGUCUCGCAGCAAGAGGCUCAAACUCCUCAAGAGGACCAUCACGGAAGUUCGUAGUGAAAUAAGUCUGAAGAUGUCUCGUCCGCCAACUCUGCCCAAUGCAUCACAGCUCCACCCGUCAACGGAACCAAUACUUAAACAUCCAGAAUCUUCCUGUGCCCGAGAAGAGAACUCAACUCCACCAACUUUGGAACCGCUAUCAUCGUCACAACCCGAAGCACCGCCCACCAAUUUAGAGCCACCCUCACUAAAGCCUGUGGAUCACGCCCCCAUGGAACUGGACAGCAAUGACACCACUACCUCAGCCACCUCAGUGCCCAAUGACAAGCUCAACGGUCACCUUCCUGACUUACUGCUUCCUAACGCCAACUUUCCCGCCGAAGCCUCUGGCGCUUGCAACCGAAGGACUAACAUCCUCUUUAGGAAGUCUAAAAGCACGAGCCCACAGAAACCCCCCAAGAUCCCGGAGGUGUCCUCAUUGUCUCCACUGGGCGCCAAAACAUUCUUGUCUGUGGUUAUUCCUCGACUGGAGACGCUCCUCUUGCCGAAGAAGAGGACGAGGAGUGGCAGCGUGGACUGUCAGGAAGAUGAAGAGUCGCCAAUAAAACGUCUGGGCACAGGGAUUGCCAACGGUUUUGUUGUGGAGGAGGAAGAGGAGGAUGUCUCGCCGCCUCGUCUGCUGGAGCCUCGCCGACGCUGCGCCUCCGAGUCAAGCAUCUCUUCAGCUGGCAGCGUUCUGUCAGGAACCGGCACCGUCGUCGUCUCGAAAAAUGGCAAAGGGCGACAGACGGCGGCACGACGCAACACCGUAGACGUCAAAAGCAGUCUGACUUCCUGCACUGAGAACGGAGAGUUGAGCAGAGCCGUAAAGGUCUCGGCAGAGGCGUGGAAGCCCUCCGUUGCCUUCCCAUUUGUUCUGGAACCUCUUAAGCUAGUUUGGGCUAAAUGUAGUGGAUAUCCCUCCUAUCCCGCCCUGGUGAGUGAGUGUCAGCCACUCCGUGCCGCCAUAUCUCAUUACCCAUCAGCCCCCUGUGCCAUCGUGCGUGCUGUAGAUUGUGAUAAGCCGUCACGGCCAUGCGGGAACCUUCUGAUGCUUUGCUCCAAUGUGUUUGCAUGCGUGGACUUCCUCUUCGGCCUCCUUCUUGGACUCCCGCAGAUACUCACUCAGUCGCACUCUUCCGUAUCUCCCCAGAUCAUGGACCCCCGGCCGCGGAGGAUGGGCCGCCGCCACAACGGGGCGGAGCUUCCCCGUCCGCCUCAGGACGUGCUCCGAGCCGGAGAGCGGAUGCGGUUCAGGUCCGCCGAGAAACUCUUCCUCGUCCACUUCUUCGACAGCAAACGCAGCUGGCAAUGGCUUCCUAGAUCCAAGAUGGCUCCCUUCGGGAUGGACCAUACGCUCGAUAGGAUCAAGCUGCUGGAGUCUCGCCGCUCCAGCCUGCAAAAGUCAGUGCAGCUCGCCUUCGACCGCGCCAUGAACUACCUGAACGGCAUCGGCGGGCUGGAACCAAGUGCCGACUGAACGCCGCCGUCAUCCAUCGCUCUGUCUCUCUCUCUCUCUCCUCGCUUUGCGUCUGGUCAGCGGGUUUUUUUUUUUUGCUUUGAAUGCCGCAGAGAUGUUGUACGCACAACGUCUGAAAUACUGUAGCUGCCGAGAGUGCUGUGUCAAAAAGCUAUGCAACGACACGACUCGCUCGGCAAGAGAAAGACUCGUUGAAAGACGUGACGACCGAAUGUGACCUCUUCACGUGCCCUGCAGCAGUUUCACGUGCACGUGCGUGGCGGCAACACAGCCCGACACUAAUUUAUUCACUCCCUCAUUCGGACAUUGGACGCGGCCUUCUCCCGCUGGUGCUAUCUCAUUCAUACAUGUUUUUGUAUCCACCUUGUUUUGUAAAUUAUUGAUGUGUGGAACUUCUCAUAUUUGGCAUUAUUGUUUUUAUACUCAAUGUGUUUUUACAGGACUACUUGUUUGUACAUAUUUAUAUCAAAUCUAUAGAGAUUACAUCGUAGUUUCAAACGGCAAAACCAAAACAAAAAAAAAUCUGCCUCCCACAGUUUCCUUAUAUUUUUGUUUUGUUACUUUGACAAAAGUAGUGUUUCUGGGCCUGUGUGUGUUUUGCGGCUGCAGGAUAGGGAAGAAUGUGCCCGUGCUUAUUUAUUGUAAAGCAGAUGACUUUAUAGAGACUACAGUGACAAAAUAGCUGGCUCACUUCUUUUUCCAUUUCAACUUGCGCUGAGGUAAUAGAGGUUUUUUAUUUUGAAAAAGUUAUAUAGCGAUGGGUGUACUUCCGGUUCCCCUCCUCCCCACCUUGGAUGUGGUUGUUGUGUGUAAAUAGUUUUGGUACUUAGCUGAUUUCUGGGAAUUGAAAAUGUUAUAGUGGAAACCAGCCAAAGUGCUGGCAGUUUUUAUACUAAAACACUGAAAAAUUAAAUAUGUAUUGAAUCACU